UCGACAUCAUACGAUUGAAAACGUGAUACUGAUUUAUGUAAAAAAAAAAUAUUGUUUACUGAUAGUCGAAUUAGAUGACAUCUUUAGAAACGAUAAUACACUGCGCUUGUAGAAAAAUCAAUAAAUAUAUAAAUAAACUUACUAAUUAUUGUUGAAUUGUUGCUAUAAAUAAGUUGAAUAAGAAUUGUUAGGAAUUGCUAAUAAAAACAUUUAUUUUACAUGAGCGAUAACAUAAUGUAAAGGUGCAUAAAUAAAAAAGAUGUACGUGAUGCAAAUAAUGAAGAUAUACUGGAAAUUUUGCUAUCGCAUUGUCGGUAUUUUUGGAUCACAACAAAGUGAAGCAGAGCUCUAGAAUUCUAUAGCCUCGUGCCGAUCUUUUUUUCUGAAAUCAGUGCAUUAUUGUUGUAAUAAUGUAUAUUACGUUAUUCGCGUCUUCAAAUAAACGUAUUGAUAUCAUACACAAUGUACAAAUUAUAUUCUAAUCUUUUUUUUACCUCACAUAUGGGUAGGAAUUGAUUUUUACCACUAUGCACUUUUGGUAUAAUUCAUUUGUGAUCUUAAUGCCACAGUUUACUUGAAUACUUUGUUUACUUACUUACAGGCCAUCGAAUUGGACGUUAAAAGGCACGUUGGUAGCAUGGCACAAAACGAGAGAGAAAUUAGAGCGGCUGCUGAGUCUUUGUUAACCGGAUCUAUAAACUCGCAGAAUUCCUAUAGUCAAAGGAAUAUAAUACCGGAUAUGAUUCUGAAUGAUCUUAUCGCAGGUGCCGUGCACAACGAGAGAAUGUCUAAUGUCAGACGUUUCUUUUGCCUCUUCGUCACAUUCGAUCUUCUAUUAAUAUUUCUUAUGUGGCUUAUUUGUACAAUGAUUGCUGGCGAAAGUUUGGAAUCCGCCUUUAUGACGCAAGUGGUCCAUUAUCAUAUAAAAACUUCGCUUUUCGACAUUGUGAUGGCAGCGAUUUGCAGAUUUACGAUAUUAUUGUUAUUCUACGCGCUGCUUAAACUGAAUCAUUGGAUUAUAGUUGCCUUGACAACUGCCAUUACAUGUGCCUUUUUAAUCGGUAAAGUGUUUCUCUUUGAUUGGUCGAUAUGCAGUCAACCUGUAUUUCAAGUUCUCCUUAUUCUUACUUCAUUCAUAUUACCUUGGGUGGAAGCUUGGUUCUUCGAUAUUCGCGUGAUACCUCAAGAAAUGCAAGCUAGAAAUUGGAUUAGAAAUUUCGUAGACAAUGAAAGAGAACCGCUUCUUCGAGGCGUUACCUCGGAAUCGCGACAACACAGCAGUGUUGACCCUACUGGUACCUUUUUCACACCUAUGGAUUCUCCAGAUCAUUCUGACCACGAGGAAGAUGGUUUCAGAAGAGCAAGCGGUUCUAGAUGGACGAAAGCAAACGAGGCGUUCCCAUCUAAGCCCUUAGCGAGACUUACGUCGGAAAUGAUAGAGGAUUAUAAAAGAAAGGCAAAUGUGUUAGUGCAAAAUUGUAAUGAUUUGUUACAAUCAAAAGAUUGGCAAAUUGAGAACAUAAUGCCGAAUGGUGAUAUUAUAUUUUACAUGGACCGUCCUAAAGAAGGAAAAAUUUUAAAAAUAGUAGGAAUAAUUGAAGCCCAACCUAGUAUACUGGUAAAUCGACUAUUUGAUGAAAUUGAGACAUCUCCCACGUGGAACAGACUCGUCACAGAAUCGAAAAAGUUACAGUACAUCGACGAGAAUACGGAUAUUGUUUAUCAAGCCACGAGUGCUCAAGGAGGAGGCCUUAUUGGCGCUCGUGAUUUUGUCAUUUUAAGACAUCGUAUUCAAUACGGUAACUAUUAUAUCAAUAUUGGUACGUCAGUGCCUUUUACAUCGUUACCAAAUCGCCGCAAUGUUGUCAGGGCUGAGAACAAUCUAAGCUGUUGGGCUGCGGAAAAAUUACCUAAUGAAGAUAACAAAUGCCGAUUUACAUGGAUUAUUAAUACAAAUUUAAAGGGCUGGAUCCCACAAAAAAUUGUAGAUAAGUCUAUGUCCACCGCAUUGACAGAUUUCAUGUUUUACGUUAGGACAUAUAUGGACGAGACGCGAAGUUCAACAGAUCCUUAGUAUAACUAACACUUUUAACAUGAUUGAAGAGCCAUGGUCUUUCAUAAUUAUCCAGUUAUAUUUGCAUAAUCGAAAUAAUUCUGACAUUUUGCGAUAUUUUUGACGUUUUAAGAAGAUCGCAAUUUACGAUCAAAUCAAGUAUGCUGUCUCCAUUAUAUUUUCCAUGUGUUAUGUAUAUUAGUGUAAAAUAUUAUAGCGACAAAUGUAGAAAGAGUCUGUGAAUGUUUUUUGUUGGAGAGCUGAUAGACUGACAAAAGAAUGGUAAAAGACUUUUUUUACACGCUUUCUAUUUCGUAAACAGCAAUAAAUGUUAAGAGAUAUGCGCCAUUUGUAAAUCGUGUCAAAAAUAAUUUAUCUUUUAUUUUCGAUAAAAUGGUACUUUUUCUUAAUCGAGAUAAGUUUAAAUGUUCUAUAAUAAGCAAGGAUUUAUACAUGUAAUAUCGUGUUUCAUCAUUUUAAUUUGUUUUUUGACAAAACAUGAUUCAAUUUUUGUAUCGCAAAUUUCUAAGUAAUAUUUGCGAAUAAUUUUAUUCUGAUGAAAUUUUAUAUAUUCUUCCAUUAACCGGUUGUCUGGACUAUUAAUAAUGUUUGUUUUAACAUUUAAUUGGUUUUAUCGUGUGUUCCGAUUUACUCAUCGUUCUCUGAGAUCUCAAUUAAUGUAAAUGUGAUAAGCUCCAAAUGUAAAACGAUUCUAAGUGAAAUGAUUUUUACUGUAAAAACAUUAUUCCAAGAUGAUCAUAUUCUUCAUUUAGAUAAUUUAGGUUUAAGUAGUCACGUAUGUAAAUAUAUAUAGCUUACAUACAUUUAAUGAAAAUUAAUUGCAAUACACUUACAAUACACCUACGACAUGCAUUUCAUUACGGUACACGUAUGUAUGUAUGACUGACUGUGCUUGCUUGCGUCAUGAUUUUGGAUACAAAGUUAAUAAAUUGUUGUGCAUAGAUACGUAGUAGUCAACAUAUCGAAAAAAGUAUUGAACAAAGGUAACAGAAUGUGGCAACAAACAGAAAUAUUUUUAUAAAAAAAUCCGCGUGUUAUAUACUAAGUUCUAAAGUGUAUAAUGAAAUGAUUCACUUGUUCUAUAUCCUUCUUUCAUUCCUAAAAAUUGUAUAGAUGUUGAUUCAUUAUUCUGUCCAUAAAGAGGAGUUUUGUCUAUAAGGGUUAAACCAUCUUCCUUUACAAAAAUAUAAUGCCCUACGUCCACUCUUUCAAACUUUAGUGUAGAAACCAUUAUUUUUCAUUCGCAAUAUUAUCAAAUUGCUAAGUAAUAUAAUAUUAUGUACUUGUAAUGGAAGAUCUAUAAACUAUGUUUUUAUUUACGGAAGAGAAUCUUUAAUCCUGUAUGAUAUAUCAUUUAUAUGAUAUGAUAUUAAUGAUGAUUCGCUAGUCAGAUAUUUUCUCUUUAUUGAUAACGAACGAAGACGAAGAACCAGGAAGUAUAAAAGCAGGCAGGAAAACCAAGGCCGUAGUCGGAGUUCUCAAAUAUUGUAUGACUUUCCAUUUACGUUCAAUAAUUGAACAACAAAACAUGAGAUACAGUAGCGUAAAUGUGUACAAUACAAGGAAGAAUAAAAUAAAAGAUACCUGAAAAUAAGGAAUAAUUAACGAUGCGAACUAUAAUGAUUUAGCACAUUUCAAAUAUGUCCCUGAUAAUAACGAACAUUUAUUAUUCAAUAUCAAACAGUAAUUGUGAUCGUUGUAUUCUUUAUACAUGAAUCUUUUAUUCUUCCUGCUACCUUGACCUGUCGAAUGAAUUAUAAAAGUGUAGAGUACAAACAAGCUACGACUAAAAUGUAAAUCGUAAAUCAUGUAUGUUUGAUUUUAUAAAAUUGGCCUAAAUAAACAACAUUGCCUGUGUCAAAAAAUGCUAAUUGUACAUAGUAGUAAUAAGCAAUGUUAUUAAAAAAAUAAUCUUGAUCUAA